GAGAGAGAGAGAAAAGAAGGAAAAAUGGAAGGAAGUUCAAAGCUAAGCCAUUUGUUGGUGACAGUAUUUCUAUACACUUUCACAACCAUGAUGGCCUUUCCGGCCAUUACAGAUGUCACCAUGUCCGCUCUGUGUCCCGGUCAAGACGAGUGUUCUCUCGCCAUUUACUUCACCGGCUUUCAACAAGUCGUGACUGGAAUUGGUGCGUUGCUAAUGGUGCCACUACUUGGAAACCUCUCGGAUAAAUUUGGGAGGAAGACUCUUCUCACCAUUCCCUUGGUUCUCGCCAUAAUUCCCCUUGGGAUAUUGGGAUAUGGGAGGUCAAGAGAUUUGUUCUAUAUUUAUUUUCGGUUGAAAUGUGUGACGAGUACAAUUUGUGAAGGAAGCGUUCAAUGCUUGGCUGUUGUCUAUGUGGCUGACAAUGUACAGGAACACCAGCGAGCUUCUGCAUUCGGAAUGUUAUCCGCCAUUAUCUCUUCUGCGUCCGUCUGCGGGACUCUCUGUGCUCGUCUUCUCUCCAUUUCAUCCAUAUUUCAGGUGGCGGCAGCCACGGCGGCUGUGGCGGCAGCGUAUAUGAGGAUUUUCCUUACUGAUUCUGCCGUCGGUUGCAAUCUUUCUGCUCCUUUACUGUCUGGGGAGAAUGUAGAAUCUGUUUCUUUGGAUCCAAUUUCGUCUAAACAGGAAAAUUAUACUACGACCUUGCCUUCACUGACGGACCUUUUUUCCCUGUUGAAGACUAGCUUGACAUUUUCACAAGCGGCAGUUGUUGCAUUUUUUAGCAAUCUUGCUGAUGUUGGCCAUCAUGCUUCAAUAAUGUACUAUUUAAAAGCCAAAUUUCACUUUGACAAGGAUAGAAUUGCUGAUUUGAUGGUGAUUUCUGGGGCUGCUUCGAGUAUUUCACAGCUACUUUUAAUGCCCAUCUUGGUUCCUGCGCUAGGAGAGUAUAGGUUGCUCUCAGUUGGGAUCUUUUUCAACUGCAUUCAUAUGCUUCUUCACAGCUUAGCUUGGUCCGAAUGGGUUUCCUAUGUUGCUGCAAUGUUUUCUGUUUUGUAUAUUUUCUGGCAACCUUGCUUGCAAAGCAUAGUAUCGAAACAAGUUGGCGCAAGGGAGCAGGGUAAGGCUCAAGGAUGCAUUUCAGGCAUAUCUUCAUUUGCCAAUGUUGUUUCUCCAUUUGUAUUCUCCCCUUUAGCAGCUUUGUUUCUCUCUGAUAACGCUCCAUUUCAUUUCCCUGGAUUUAGCAUCAUGUGCACUGGAUCUGCUGCGAUGAUAGCAUUUGUUCAGAGUAUGAUGAUAAAGAUUCCUACAAAACCCUGCAUCAUCAGCCAUGUGGAUGUGGAAGCCUAGUUCGUGUAAUUCUUCCCCUCCCAUAUUUUACUUGUUAAAUAGUGUAAAUGUUUGAAUAUUAUUUGUUUUUCAAAACUUAGGAAAUUAAGGGAUAAGAAUAGUUUUCCCCCAUAAUUUUUGUUAAUAGCAAUUUGUAAGAGUCCUGUAAAAACAUGAUCAUCAUAUAGUUCAAAUGGCUAUUCAUUAAAAUUCUGGAAGGAAAAAUAAUUUCUGAUAAGAAAAUUCCACUUGA